GCAAGGAAGUCAAGUGGGAGUCUGCUCUGCUCGCUUUCUUUUGCUCCCCCUUCUGUGGGUGUGUGUGUGUGUGCGUGUGAGAGAAAGACUCUCCACCUCUGGAUGUUUGUGUGAGACGCUGCAGCCGAGCGAGCGAGCGAGCACACCAGAUUUGCAUCUGCCGGUCUUCCCCCGAGAAAGACAACCAAACAUCAAAAUGGCCAUCGUCCUGAAGUCUACCCCCCUCUUGUGGACACGCCUGGCGGCCCUGGUCUUCUCCUGCGUGGCCUUCUCGGUGGCGGUCCACGGCGGGCGUUUGUACCACGGCACGGGCGACUGGUGCAUCUUCUGCUGGGCCUUCAGCUUCGCCGGCACCCUGCUGGUGCUCAUGGUGGAGCUGUUUGGCCUACAGACCAGAUCGCCCGUCUCCUGGAAGAACUUCCCCAUCACGUUUGCCUGCUACGCCGCCCUGCUGUGCUUGUCGGCGUCCAUCAUCUUCCCUCUGUACUACCUGAAAGGCGACAUGGGGCCCAGCCAGGUACGCGACUUCCGCAUCGUGUCCACCGUCUUCUCCUGCCUGGCCACCAUCGCCUACAUGACCGAGGUGAGCAUCAGCAAGGCCAGGCCGGGCGAGGUGGCCGGCUACAUGGCCACGGCGCCGGGUCUGCUCAAGGUGUGCGAGACCUUCGUGGCGUGCAUCAUCUUCGUGUUUGUCAGCGAUCCGGUGGUGUACGACCGCCACGACGCGCUCAAGUACUGUAUGUCCGUCUACUGCAUUUGCUUCAUCUUGUCCGCCGCCAUCAUCCUGCUGUGCGUGGGGGAGUGCACCGGCUGCCUGCCCUUCCCCUUCGCCCGCUUCUUGUCUGGCUACGCCCUGCUGGCCGUGGUGCUCUACCUGUCGGCCACCAUCAUCUGGCCCAUCUUCAACUUUAGCCCCAAGCAGGGCGGCAACAAGCAGCGGCCGUCCAACUGCGGCUCCACGGCCGGGCUGUGCACGUGGGACAAGCUGAUGGCGGUGGCCGUGCUCACCGCCGUCAACUUUGUGCUCUACCUGGCCGACCUCAUCUACUCUGCCCGCUUGGUCUUCGUCAGCGCUUGAGGCCGCGGCGGCUCCUCCGAAUCUCAACUCGACUCCCAAUAGGCUUCAAAAGUGGAAUAAUCCAAAAUUCGGAAUUCAAAUGAAAUGUUCAUGAAAAAUUGCCAACUGGCCUUAUGAGUUGAGUUGAAUUGAAUGAAUUCAUUAACAGUCAUAUUGGAAAUCAUCUUUCCUAAUCAAAAUGAAUGGAAAGACCAAAAAGCCGUUGCAGCCACAGAUUGCGCUCCUACAGACGCAAAGACGACUUUCACCUCUACUAUGUGACUCAGUUGCAGUAGUAGAAGCCAUUUUCACCACCAAACUUUUUACAAAUUGAGUUGAAACUCCAUUUUCAUGAAAAUGGCAACAAAUCUAAUUCGACUCUCCAUUUGGGUUUCUUUUUUUCUCUGACGGUUUUGUGGUUUGUCUGACUAGAAAUGGUAAAAAUGAAUGACACCAUCAUAGCCUGGAUAAGGAAGGAAACGGGUUCAACCAAAUUCUGGGUGAAAAUAUUCCUGCUCAGCAAAUCUAGUCUUGUCAAAGCAACAACGGUGCUGUAAAUUCAAUUCAGUACAUCAUUUUUGGGGGUGGGGUGGGCUGGGGGUGUCACUACAGAACAGGAAAUGGGGGGGGGGUCAGAGUGUGCUAUGAUAACUGUGUAUUAGUAGUUGGGACAAAAUGUAGUAUGUGGCAACAUUUAAAACCGCCAGAAUAUUAAUAUUAUAAUACACUUAAGUUGAUACUAAAAUGUUCAGGUUUCACCGUAUUGCCAUUGAAGAAUCCUCGGUCGGGUCUGCCAAAUUCUGCUAUUUUGCUACGUUUACUACAUCUGCGCUUUGUGUCCGUUUGUUGAAGGACUCACAAGAGUGUGAAGCAAGUAUUACUAAUGAAGUCUCGUUAUUCCGCUGAUCCACAUUGGCAAAAGCUGGCGAGGAUGCGCAUGAGAAACAUUGUAGUGUAUUGUUAUUCUUUUUCUUUCGCCUUGUGAACGUCAUUAACCAGCUGAAAAUUCCAAAAUGGUUCGUGUUACUUGAAGCAGCCGCAUCACCUAAAAUGAACGAGCGACUUGAUGUUUCUUCAUUUCUAUUGUACAGGGUGCACAUACUUGCACGUGACAAUAUAUGGAUGGAUGUGGAUUUAAAAGAAAAUAGACAUAUGUACACUGUAUGUGCACAGCAUAUCUCACGCACUUAAAGGCUAUUUGUCACAUGUGGUCAAGGGCUCUGUUGAUUUUUGGAAGGCUGUUGUACUUAUUUUGAAAUAAUACUUUUGUAUUCUGCCGUUUUGUGUUUUGCAGCAAAAAUGUAACCUUUUUUUCAUUUCAAUAAAAACAUAUAAAAACA